GCAAGAAUCACAUCGUUGUCCACACAUGGAUGCCAUCUAUGUGCCAUCUCGUUAUCCUUUUCAACUGGGAUAUAAGACUUGGGAAUACUCAUUUAACACCACCAUGUUACUUUAGUCCACCACCCCUUGCACAUGCGUCUCAACUAUCCAGUGAUCUUCCCUCUCAACCAACUCACUUAUGUUGGCGAGGAUGACUCCGAAUUCUUUCGUCAAAUACAUGGCAGGAGAUUCAAUGCCCUCAGCUCUAGGUACAUGCUCCCUGCGGACGAGGAAGAAGUUAGGCGAUCAGAACUUCAACACAAAACAAUUCAAUUUCUCUUCAAUGGAAAGAACUAUGUCGGCCCCAUCGCUGACAUACUAAAACCAAAGGAGGGACAGGAACGUUGUCGUGUCCUUGACUUGGGCACUGGUGGUGGUUUCUGGGCCAUCGACUUGGCAGACGAAUUUCCUUCAGCAGAAGUGAUAGGUGUCGACCUUGCUCCCGUUCAACCACGUGAAGUGCCUGCCAACUGCACGUUUGAGCUCUGUGAUCUGGAUCAGUUUUAUCUACCAUACCCGAGCGAACACUUCGACGUUAUCCAUGCGAGAUUUAUGCAUACGGGAAUAGAGAAUUAUCCUCGGUUUCUUCAUGAAAUCGCACGGAUGCUUCGCCCAGGAGGACUUGUCAUACUGAUUGAACCCGACACUGAACCAAUCGCGGAUGAGAAAACCGCAUCACAUUUCACCCGCUCCGGACAGCCGUCUGGAAUGCGUGGCUGGUUCACACUGUGGGAGACCUACAGGAAGUGCCUGCGUGACAAAGGCAUCGACGUUGGAAUACCUCCGGAGCUCUCCAAUCUCGUCGCAUCGACUGGGGCCUUUGAUAGGAUUGUCGCGCAGGAAGGAAAUAUACCUAUAGGGUUCUGGCCAAAGGAUCCCGUCGCUCUCAGUAUCGGUCAGCUAGCGUGGAUGAACUAUGACAUCAUGCUUCCUGCGAUGAAGCCUCUUUUCUUGUCCGCUGGGAUGCGAGACUGGGAAGCAAAGAAAUUGAUUGAAGAAGCCCAUCAGGAUCUGUAUUACCCGCUCGUCCGAGCUUCCUCGCGCCUCCAUAUUGUGCAUGCAAUCAAGAAGGCGAAACGUCCUUGACUCCUCUUUCCAUAUUUCCAUGUCCCAUGUUUGCUGUCCGGGCGUUGUAAAAGUACCAUACCCCUUCAUGUAUCCUACUUUUUCAUGUUAAUGAUUGGCAUGACGAUUAUGUUGUAGCAUUCAGAAGAAAUCACACGCGGGCACACGACG